AUGGAAUAUACAGUCUUAGACUCUUCAAUUUCUUCUCAACGUUAUUCAUCUAAUAAACAGUUUAUAAAUGAUAAUCAAAGUAAUUUGAUGAAUAAUUUCAUAUCUGAUAUAUAUUCAUCUUCACUAUUUGAACAAUUUCCAUUUUCCAUGAAAAACUUUCCAUCAACAGGAUCACCUUUACCCUCCAUCUCCCCUAAUCCUUUAUCAUCAUUCCCAUUAUCAUCAAUAACAGUUAGAAAAUUAUCAAAUAUGGAAAUAAUUCAAGAAAAUGACAUACAUAAUGUUAACCUUCAAUUAAACCCUAGUAAAUAUAAAUUACCAUUAUUAUCUACUCAUCAACUAACAGAUAAUCAUAUACAGUCAAUAUCAACAACCGAGACAAAUAUUCCAUCGACUUCUAGCGCAUUAAUAAAUUCUUUAAAUAAAACACAAUCAAAUGAGUCUAAUAGAUCAAUAAUAAAAAGAACAAAAACUCAUCAAAAUAUACAUCAGAAAUCAACUAAAGAUUGUAAUGGAUGUAAUCAACCAAUCUUUGAAAAAACUUACCUUGGAUUAUCUGAUGGACAAUCAUGGCAUAUGAAUUGUUUAAAUUGUAAUACAUGUGGAAAGUGUUUAGAUAAAGAGACUAGUUGUUUCAAUAGAUAUGGACAAAUUUAUUGUCGUAAAGAUUAUGAACAAAUUUUUGGAUCAUUUAAAUCAAGACCAGUCUGCACAUACUGUAAGCAAUUAAUUAGUUCAAAUGAAUUAAUAGUACGAUCAAUAAAUCAAUUAAUAUUCCAUUCUGAUUGCUUUUGCUGCAGUAUUUGUCAUCGUAUAAUGAAAUGUGGUGAUCGAUAUGAGUUGGAUAAUGUCAGUCAUCAACCGAUAUGUUGGGAACAUUAUCAACAAUCUUAUCAUCAACUAGACUCAUCCUUAAGUUGUACGGAUCAAUGUGAAGGCAUAAAAUGUUUAAGAGAGAGUGAUCAUAGAGAUCUGGGAAAAUUAAAAGAACUGAGUAGUCAGACUUAUUCAGCUGAUGAAAAUACAAAUUUGAACUAUAUUCAUGAUAGUGAUGUUCUUUCAGUUCGUGAUACCGACCCCGACAUAGAAGACUUACCAACAGAAUCCUCAUCUCGAACAGACAUCCUAGAACCUGGUAACAGACUGAAUUUCACUGAUUAUGGGGUAAAGCAACACCAAUCAAAAUCACCAAUCAACAGUCUUAUCGAUAAGCAAUUACAUAAAGAUGAAAAAUACAGUCGAUUUAACUCAUAUUUUAUUCCCCUGAUUGGUAAAGGCAGUUCAACAAUCGAAUUACUUCCCAAUUAUUUAUCCCAUAAACCAAUUCAUUAUUUGCCACCAUUAUCCCAUCAUUUAUUACACGAUAACUCAUCAUAUUUACCAUGUAAUCUUUUCAAUCAGUCGUUACGUAAAGUAGAAAAUGGUUCUUCAAAUGAAAGGCUAUCUUCUUUACACGAAACUUCAUGCUCUUCUUGUCCUUUAUCGUCUUCGUCUUAUUCACCCUCUGUCCUUCCAAUCUGUACAUCACUGAAAACAGUAUCUUCAUAUCUCUCUUCUGCAUGCUGCAGCAUAUCAUUUACUUCAGCCAGCACACCUACUUUCUCGAACACUUCAACACCCCUUUUAUCACUCCCACCACAUAAUUCAUCAUCAUCAUCUCCACCUUCAUCAGGAACCAGAUUUAUGCAUAAACACUUGGAUGUUUCUCCGUUGAAUUAUUCAUCACUAUUAUCUAGUAAUAAUCCCUCAACACUAGUUGAUUUUAUAGAUUCAAAAAACCCGUUAGAACUUAAUAAAUCAAUAGAUUCAAACAAUUUAAUUCAACAAGUACAACAACAAAAAAGAAAUCGUAAACGUCGAAGUGGUAUACAUCAAGUUUUUGAAAACGAUUGUUUCAACAAUGGGACAAAUUUUUAUCUAGGCAUUACCACCAGACAAAAACGUAUGCGUACAUCUUUUAAACAUCAUCAGUUGAGGACAAUGAAAGCUUAUUUCAAUAUAAACCAUAAUCCUGAUGUUAAAGAUUUAAAGGUAUUGACAGAGAAGACAGGGUUGUCAAAACGUGUUCUACAGGUUUGGUUCCAAAAUGCUCGAGCAAAAUAUCGACGUAAUUUAGUCCGUCAAGAGAAUACUUCAACAACUGUAAAUAAUAAUAAUAUCAAUAACAAUUUAACAAGUGGUUUAAUUUCAUCUUCUAACUGUGGUUCUUCAGAAAUGCUGGUCAAUUCCAUUUCAGAAUGUGACAGUCAAUCUAGUCAAAUCAAUCCAGAUGAAUUUACUAUAAGUCAAACGACACCAUCUUCAACAUCACCACAUAAAAACGAUCUAAUACAAGAUGAUGAUGAUGACGAAGACGAUAAUGUGGAUGAUGAUGGUGAUGAAGAAGAAGAAGAAGAAAGAUUAAAUGACACUAAUAAUAUUGACAAUAAAUUAGAACAUAAACAAAUAAUGAGUGUUUUAAAUAAAAAUGAUUGUCAAACAAAUCAAAACAUACAAGUAAAACAAUGUGAAAACCCUGAUUUAAUUGACUUUGAAGAUAAUCUUAACUGUUCCCAAUAUCAUGAUCGUCAUUUAACAAAUGAACUGCACAAAUUAACUUCACACAAUGAACAUGAACAACAACAACAACAAUCAUCAAUCAAUUUCAUUCCAUGUAUCACUUCAAUGAACUCAUUCACAUUACAUUCUGCCUAUAAUACAGAUAAUACGUUGUUAUCACAAAAUAAUAAUAAUUUAUUACAUACAAAUAAAAUAUAUCUUGAUAAUGAACAUCAAUUAACUACAAAUAUGAUUAAUUAUACAGAUAAAUUGAAUAAUCUUGUUUUACCAAAUAAAUGUCGUCCUUUAAAUUGUUUUACAUUAACUAGAAUUCAUUAA